AGUAUGUAAUGAACUCUUAGCUGAUGCAUUUCACACAUAUUCCUAUCUCAUCCAUAACGUAUCUUUAAGUCAUAAGGACCAAGAGGAAGAAGCAGUGGGAACCAGCCAGAAACACGAUCCACCACCAUCAUGAUUUCCAAGGCCGUAAAAUCCAUGUUGAAGGAAGUAGAUUCUAACGGUAGCCUGAUUCCAGUGUCCAGUCUGAACGACAGCUCUGGUAAACUAAAUCUCCUCUCACUCAUUGUGAAGACCAGGCCCAGAUAUGGAUGUUUCUGGCAGGAACCGAAAUACCAGUCCAGAGGCUUUUCCCUGAGUGAUGUGCUGAAACCCGGAGAACCUGAAGACAAACCUUUAAACCCAGAUGUCAAGGAGUCUGACUUCGUGGACCACAGUGGGACAUUUGGUGACAUAGAAGAAAUGAAGGCAGGAGGAAAUGUGGAGGGAUUGUUGGCUGAUUUAAAACUUAACGUGGCCUUAAAAUACUCAAACGAACAAGAGUCGUCCUUUGGCAGACUGAAGAAAGAGGAGGUGAAAGUGAAGGAGGUGGUUAACUACGCGAAAGACAAACGCUUGGACAUGACCCACCCUGUGAUCAAGCAGACCCGGGAGAAGCCCAGGGCAAUAUUAGGGGUGUUGACGGAGAGGAUUAUGACAUCACAACCUUGCCAGGUCACAAACAAAGUCCGGAAGCGUGGCAAUGCAGCAGCCAACAUGAGCGCCCUGAGCAUGAAGGACUCUAUGAAGCAGAGUGGCAGUACUCAGACAGAAAGUGAUGUGUCACUGAAGAUUCCUGAAUAUACUGUCGUGGCCUACAGUCUGAUUGAGCUCUACGUCAAAUGCAAUGGACAGUUUGAGCUGUGCCUCUUCUCCAACAAUGGGGGCUUUGAAAAGGUUACAUCAAAGGAUGACAUUGAAGCGGAUGGAAUUAUGGACCUGGGAGGUGACUUUGAUGCUAACAGCCCCUUAAAUCUGAACGAAGAACUGGAGAAACUGAGGGGUCAUUUCCAGCUGCUGUCAGUCCUGCCAGUAGACACACGUUCCUCUCUGCUCCAGCUCCUCAAGACAACCAUGGAGGACAGAGAGGCAGUCAGUGCGCUGGAGAGUGUGCUGGAUCAGUUGUGUGAAGGUGAGACUCCUGACUUGGGUGACCUGGAAGAGUCUGAGAGGGAAACAGUCCAGGCCAUACUGGAUCUUGUAGACCAAUGUGUUGGGAAGGAUGAGGACGAGAUCCGAUCCUCACUUCUCAGUGCCGUCCACCUCAUUGUCAGUGCCAUGGACGGAAUGACAGAUGAGGGUCUCUCUGUGUUGGGAUCCUGUUGCAGUCCUCCAGUCUUACAGGCCCUGCAGAUCCUGGUGCAGCAUGUGGCAGCAGGGAGUGGGGAGACCCUCUCUCUGAGAGAUGCAGGUCUGGCUGUUCUGACUGAGGAGGAGCUGUAUCAGAGGACAGAGAGUCUCUUUGCCCUCUCCAAUGUGGAACUUACCAGAUUGAAUGAGGACGCAGAAUACACAGUGACUUCAGUUAUCUGCCCUGGACACCUUCCUCUUGUCAUGAGUAUCGCUGUGAAUGGCCUGGCCUCUUUAGGAUAGAUUGAGCCGAAUAGAAACAUUCCUUGUGCUACAAAGUGAAUAUAUGAACUGCACCGCCAGGUCGGAAUUUCAGAAAUGUCACAUUUGAUAACAUAUUGUUGAUGAUUGCAAAGACACUUAGAGCAGGAGUAAAACAUAUCAAAAACAAGAUAAUGCACAUGUGUGAAGAAAAAUGUACAAAAUAAUAUUCCCACUACUGUACAUUCAUUAAUGACACAUUCCUACGUCAUAUUUCCGUGUUAAUGGCUUUUCAUCAAAACGCAGUUGUAUUUACUUCUGCCAGAUGCCUUUAAUGAAGUUUUUACCCAUUGAAGACCAUUCAAAAAGCGUACAAAACUCAAAAACUACAAGGCUAUUUUCAGAGUCACUUGCAUAGCUUAUUGUUGUUAUAAUGCUUUUUAAUGUAUUGUUAGGAAGCCUAUAACCCAUAACGUUAUGUCUAGGGGUCCAAGGUCUAGUUACAUGGUCUGUAACCUGACUCGUUAUGUCUAGGGGUCCAAGGUCUAGUUACAUGGUCUGUAACCUGACUCGUUAUGUCUAGGGGUCCAAGGUCUAGUUACAUGGUCUGUAACCUGACUCGUUAUGUCUAGGGGUUUCGAGGUCUAGUUACAUGGUCUGUAACCUGACUCGAUACGUCUAGGGGUCCUAGGUCUAAUUACAUGGUCUGUAACCUGACUCAUUAUGUCUAGGUGUCCUAGGUCUAAUUACAUGGUCUGUAACCUGACUCGUUAUGUCUAGGGGUCCUAGGUCUAGUUACAUGGUCUGUAACCUGACUCAUUAUGUCUAGGGGUCCUAGGUCUAGUUACAUGGUCUGUAACCUGACUCGUUAUGUCUAGGGGUCCAAGGUCUAGUUACAUGGUCUGUAACCUGACUCAUUUUGUCUAGGGGUCCAAGGUCUAGUUACAUGGUCUGUAACCGGACUCGUUAUGUCUAGGGGUCCAAGGUCUAAUUACAUGGUCUGUAACCUGACUCAUUUUGUCUAGGGGUCCAAGGUCUAGUUACAUGGUCUGUAACCUGACUUGUUAUAUCUAGGGGUCCUAGGUCUAGUUACAUGGUCUGUAACCUGACUCGUUAUGUCUAGGGGUCCUAGGUCUAGUUACAUGGUCUGUAACCUGACUCAUUAUGUCUAGGGGUCCAAGGUCUAGUUACACGGUCUGUAACCUGACUCAUUAUGUCUAGGGGUCCAAGGUCUAGUUACAUGGUCUGUAACCUGACUCGUUAUGUCUAGGGGUCCUAGGUCUAGUUACAUGGUCUGUAAC